UAACAUUUUGUUAUAUUCACUCACUAAACGCACAGCCCUCCGAAUACAAAGGCAACAACACAUUUGACGCAGUCUUCAGAGACCUCUCGCGACUAGCAUAACGUUUAAUCGCUACAAUAGUCGAUGAUAAAAGUUGCGACGACAUGUUUGAGAUGGAAGGUAAAGAUGAUUGCGCGGCGGUGCCAGCGCCCACAACUCUGUCUCUCUUCACCGCCGCAGUGUCCGGUUUAGUAGCGCUUGUGACUGUUCCUUGUAACAUCUUGGUGUGUCUCGUCAUUCUAAGAAGCCCGCCCAGAUUAAAAAACCUCCGCACGCCUUUCACCUACUUCAUACUGAACCUCGCUCUGACAGAUCUUCUCGUCGGAGCAGCCACGGAGCCGAUUUCAGUGGUGUAUCACCUCAUGGAAGCGAGGUCUGUUUCUUCGCCAAGUUUAGUCAGGCUUUUACAAGUGCUAUACUUUCUCACAUGCACGGUUUCCGUGUUAAGCAUUUUGGCAUUAACCCUAGAGCGAUUCUAUGCCAUUUCUAAACCCUUCAAGUACAGGCAGAGUGUGACAAACUCUAGAGUAUUUCUGGCGUCGGGUAUGAUAUGGAUUUUGUCGCCCGGGUUUAUAACGCCGUACUUCGUGAUGGGCUAUCGUGUUUUUUCGUUGGUGUUCGCCAAUGUCGUGAUCUUAAUUACAUUGUGUACUGUGAUUUACGCUUAUUUCAAGAUUAUCAAGACGAUUCAACGCAGGAAAAACAUUCGCCAGGACAGCUUACAGGGGCUGUUUAUUGCCAACCGACAAGUGACGCUGUACGAAGAAAAACUGACCCGAACGUUUACUUCGAUUCUGAUUCUGUUUGCAAUUUGCUACGUGACGCCAUGCCUCUUAAUUUAUACAAUGAAUUUAUGCACCAAGUGCUCUUGUGAUACUAUCCAUUGGUUGCGGGACUCGACGUUUUUAGCGGUGACUUGCAAUUCUGCCAUCAACCCAUUCCUAUACGCUUGGCGCCUUCCCAGCUUUCGCCACGCGCUGAGGAUUAUGAUGCCCGGAUGCACGUGUCACAUGACACUGGAUAGAGACACCACACAAGGAGUUGUUUACUCACUCAAGAAACCUUCCAACUGCACUAUCGUCUUCGAGAUUGCAGAAAUAGAGAAAAGAAACUUGCGCGCUCCAAAACCGAGGCUUUCUACUUCUCCCCUGUAAAGUCUUUCCAUUUCAUAUGGAAUCCAACACUGAUAUUAAACUCUCAGUACAUUGUCAUAAAACUCUUAUGGAAAAUGCAUCCAUCGUUUAGCACAAUGUUAACAGUGCGGUUGGAACUAAAACCGUCGAAAAUAUGCGACCCGGAUGCGCAGCAAAGUCGGGAUUCGUGCGAUCUUGACACAAGAGCCCAACUGUCAAGAGCAACACUGUUGCUUUCUUAUCUUACGCUGUGAAAGCAUCAAAUUUAGCAUGAGAGAUUAACCGUUUUAAGGCAAAGGCCUGUUUGAAAAGCGAAAUUACUGUCGUUUCGUUUCUUCUGGAACACUCAUGAUACAGUUCAUAAUUUAUUGUAACAUUUCUUUUUCCACAGAUUGAGACACUUAGCUCGCGCAACUAUAACUGGUCAUUCACGAGUUGCAAGUUUUUUUCCCAUUACAAUACGUCCGACAUUAUCAGGAAGCGAUUUUUUUUUUCAACACAACAUCCUUAACAUGGAAAUUACAGGAGGGAAUGACUACAAUACUUUACAAAAUCAGCAAGGUCUUUGAUACGCUUUGUUAGUAACUGACCACAAGUGCUUGUAUUUACAAUAAAAAAAAAUAUUUGAAAAACUGACAGUCGCGUAGUACAGGAUCAAUUUGAUUCCAAAACGUCGCCUGUAAUAACAAAAA